CCGCGAGCCGGCGCGAGCGAAGUAGCAGCAAUAGUGCGGGCGAUUCCGAUGGCCGGUCUCCGCGCUCCCGCCGACUGACCACGCGCACGUGCUGAGCGGCGACCAUGGGCAGUCCCGACGCGCCGGCGCGGACCUCCUUGUCCUGGGAGCCGUGGCGGGCCCCCCUGCUGGGCCCCGCGUCGGGCCACGGCGUGCUCGCCUGGCGCCUGGCCGCCGUCGCGGUGCAGUGGUUCCUCUUGACCGGCUUGGUGACAGUGACCGUGGUGUGCGUGGUCAGGUUACAGCGGCUUGAGGACAGAGUGAGCCUGCUCGAGCAGAAGCUGCUGGACGUGCGCGCGGACCCCCUCGGCGGACGAGCGGCUGCAGCACAACAACAGAGCCUUCUAACUAGGAAUAGAAGAAAUAGUCCAGAAUCAGAGUGUAUGUGCCCACCCGGUCCGCCCGGGAAGCGAGGCAAGAGGGGCAAGCAGGGAGAGCCCGGCGAGGCAGGACCGCCGGGCGCGUCGGGGCCUCCAGGAAAACCCGGAUUUCCGGGUGCGAUAGGAAUCGAUGGCCCCAAGGGGGAUACCGGCGAGAAAGGGGACAAAGGAGAAAAGGGUGACUCGGGGAUCGACCUUGUCUCAAAUGUGAAGGGAGUAAAGCGUUCAGUCAAGAUGCCCCACGGGGGCAUCGCUGACGCCACCGAUUUUAAGGAACUAGCAAAUAUCGGAGUGACAUUCUCUCCAGGCGACGUGUUUAUGAUGAAGGGAUCGCAAGGAGAGGCUGGUCCUCCUGGCCCCCCAGGACCCCCUGGACCACCGGGAUUGCCGGGAUUUGACGGCGGCACGGGACCUCCUGGACCCAUAGGUCCUCCGGGUGACGUUGGUCCCAGCGGUCCACCCGGCCUCGUGGGGCCUGUCGGCAAGGAUGGACUCCCAGGACCUAAGGGCGAGAAAGGCGACAAAGGCGAACGCGGCCUUACGACGACGCUGGACGGAAACACGUUCCCGACGGGAUUCAUCGAAGGCCCCGCCGGACCGCCCGGACCGCCUGGUCCCGCCGGACCGCCAGGCAGGAAGGGGGACGUCGGCAUCCCGGGACCACCGGGCGAGGACGGCGCCAAGGGUGACAAGGGAGAGCGGGGCCGCAGGGGAAAGAAGGGCAAUGCCGGACGGGACGGCAGGUCCAUCCGGGGCCUUCCUGGACAGAAAGGCGAGCCGGGGGCGAAGGGCAUGAAGGGAGACUUCGGGCUGCCCGGACCGAGGGGCGACAAGGGCAGCGUCGGCCACCCGGGCAGGCCAGGAGAAGAUGGCGCCCCGGGAAGGCCCGGACCUACGGGGCAACCCGGAGCCAAGGGCGAAAAAGGCAGCGUUGGAGAAGCCAGUCCACCUGGCCUGAUGGGAAUGCCGGGGUUGCCCGGACCCCCCGGAAAGCCGGGACCCCAGGGAGAGAAAGGAGACAAAGGCGAUGGCGCGUCGGUGCGGUACAUGAGACAGAAGUCCAAGCGCAGACCCCCGGAGCAUCACCACCACCACUUCGCCUCCGACCACGGCGGCGGAACUCAGGGGGACAGCGCAUUCGAAACGUCCUACGACUUCGUCAUCGGGCCGCCGGGUCCCCCAGGCAUACCGGGAGCACCAGGAUUCCCAGGUCCUCCCGGCAUCAAAGGCGACAAAGGCAUCGACGGUCAGAAGGGCGAGCAGGGCGAGAAAGGCGACCUGGGACUCAUCGGACCCAUGGGUCUGCCGGGUCCAAUGGGUCCGCUGGGGCCGGCCGGACUACCCGGAAAAGAAGGCCGGACGGGAAUCACGGGGCCGCCGGGGCUGGACGGAAUGAAGGGCGAGCGUGGUGCGCCAGGUAACAAAGGCGAGAAAGGAGAGCCCGGCCUUCCCGGCACCGACGGCAUCCCAGGGUUACCGGGACCCAAGGGCGAGCGGGGUGAGACGGGCAUAUUGGGACCCCGUGGGAAGCGUGGAAAGAAAGGAGACAAGGGCGAUAAAGGCGAUCAAGGAGUACCAGGACUGGAUGCACCGUGCCCACUUGGCCCGGACGGCCUGCCACUGCCCGGGUGCGGCUGGAAGCCACCGAACACAUUAGGCGGUCCCAUGCCACCAGUACCACCGGAAGAACCACUAGACUCAUAAGAUCGCGUUCUACAGAAGCUUCUGGCGGCAUCCAUCAGGAGCAUUCUCGUUGUCAUCGCUCGACAUCGUUGCCUCAGAGCACGGCCGCCGGGACCUCGUCAUUGGGCCGCGGGACGUCGGUGGCAGUCGCCUGCAGCCUCGGAGGAGAUGCACCGUGCAGCAGACUCACGCUCCCCACCCCCAGUCCCACACUGCUAUUUACGGGUUCUUUUUCGCUGCAAGUUUUGCUCUCUUUGCAGCCCCAGCGCCUCCGGCGCACUCGCGCACGCAUACAUACACACGCAUACAUACACACACACAUACGCGCACAUACGCACACAGACGCGCGCGCGCAAGCACACACACACAAACGCAAGCAGGCGCUAGUUGACGCGCUCUCUUCGACCGACCCCGAUGACAGCGCGGUUGAGCGCGGAGGUGUGCCCCGUGCCCUACCACUGAUGACCUGCCCACUUCCCCACCUUGUUUUCUUUUUCGUUUUUCUGUCCAGACUUCUUUUAUUGAAAUAUUCACGAGAGGGGAGGAGAAAUGAAGGGCUGAAGGGUGGUGUUAGGAAAGCGUUGCAAAUCCAAAGUGGCGACUGCCGAGGAAGCUGCGGCGUUCGCAACUGCUCGUUCGCCUAGGCCAACGGAAUCACUACGAAGAAAAGCAUACAUUGGCUUUUCGACGGCGCCUUUGACAACAUUUUCUGGACGUCAACACGGACGUUCACUCAAGAUACCGUUCAAGAAAAUGCUCUAGCGGGUGGUAGUGCGCUACUAGAUGCGCACGUCAAGAUGAAACUGUUGCGUUAACUUGCAGAGACCUUCGCAGUAGUCCGCAGCAGGUACUGUGCAUCAUAGCGAAUACUGCCACAGUAUAUGUAAAGGCGGUAUUCAUCGCUUACCGGACGAAUCAGAUACAUCGAUGUCGGACAGAACCACCCAGUUUCAUGCAAAUCAAAGUUCAGCGUGGAGCCACGUAUGAGAACAGGAGCAAACCACAAGAAAAUGCGCGUUAUCGAGAGCUGAGGGAAGGCAUGGCGCGAACUCUCACUGAAACGGCCGAUGGGGAUCAGUCAGCAAGACGCGCGCCUUGCCGUCUCGCUGCCAAACGAGUAACGACGCCCGUCCGCUACGCCUGUGUGCUGUGCGACACUGACCAGCCCACCCCUAUUAGCGGUGCGCAGGCAUUGGUUCUCCCUCCCUCUCCGUUGUCGAUCAUUGUAUAUGUCAUCACCUCACCUGCACCACGAGGCUCGUCCGCUACCGCUGUAGAGUAUAGAAGCAAGGAGAGGUAGCUAAGAGUGUACAUUUCUUUCUCGCUAUCUCCUUCUGACCACCCUCUUUUCUUUUUUUACGUUUGUAAUGAGUAUGAGUUGAGGUCUUCUCAUUAUCGUUGUUCUGUCGUAACAACGCCUACUUCGUGUUUCCGUCAGCUGUACCAGUGGCGUUUUCCGACGGCGAGCAGCUAUUUCAUUUGGGAGUGUACGUGAUGGUGUACUACAAUCGCGUGCUGUUUAUCUGGGCGAAGAAGAAGCAUACGCUUCUGUUAAUUUUCAGUAGCAAAGGCACGAGAACUGCCAUGUUUCUUUCAAGAAACUGGAGUGGUUUCUCACGUAGCCUGAUGGGUGAAUAGCGUAUUCCCUCAUGCAGAAAAGAAAAGACAAAAAAUAAAGCACGUCAGGACGUGCUGUAGACGUUGCGAGAUCCAUCGUGUGGUCUGAGGCGGUCAUAUGAAAGUGACUUUCUUACGUAUGUGAGAAAAUAUCCUACAGCUUUGCUGGCAGCUUUUUCGGGAAGGCACUGCAUAAGCGCAAGUCCAGCGGUGAAGCGACUGCAAGUAAUGAAACAAAUAAACAAACAGACAAAAGUGAACGGGUGCGAGUCCCACACUAUGACAGAAAAUUACAGCCAAUAAUCGAAAACUUAACGCAAGCCCUGAUUUCAAGCUCACGUUCGCGAUCCGCGAUAUGCUCAUCUCACAGUUUGGAAAAAAAAAAGACAAAAAAACACCGACAAGGACGCGCAUGGCAGGAUCCAUCGCGUUGCUGCUGCUGCCGGCGCCUAUUCUUUUUUGUGUGUGUGUCCGUGCGCAGCCAAGCGAAACAAUGAACACAUAACGCGAACAUCUCAGCGGUGAAAGUCAGUCGUCUUGUGUCGUGAGCGUGUAUAGAAACGAGAAGGUGCGCAAUACUUACUUUUCUCUGCUCGCAGAAAGACUGUGACGGCGAGCGUCCAGAAGUUGCCAGUGUGUACCGACUUGAUGUUUGUAUGCGCCAGUGACGCGUAUACCAGCGAGAAAGCGCCGAAAAGAACCGUGUUUCCUUCCCUCCCAAUCCCACGAAGUCACUCAGUCCGAGCGGCUGGAGUGGUGCCAUUCCUGCGAAUGAUUGCUUGCUGUAGAAAAACCACGUCCGCCUCAAGGAGGUUGUUGAAACAAAUAAAAGAAGAGCUCCUGGAGUGAAAGUAACGUGCAAGCAGUGAAGCCGCAGAAGCCAUCUUACCAUGGGCAUCGAAGCAGCGGCGUAAGCUGCUUGGCCAUUUCAAAAUUGGCAAAUCACGGCCAUACGAAUCUCUUUCGGCAGGUUUCUUUGAAUCACAGGUGUUUUGAUGAGAAAUGAGCAUGGAGAAUGAUUUGAUCGUCGACCACGAUUACGAUAUUCAGCGAGAAAUUAGCGUUCUGGUAGCGCAAACAGGGAAUUUUUAUAGCUCACGUAAUCUAGAACGCAUCUCUGCGAUUCGGAAGAGAAAGAGCACUCGUGAUGCGCGUGUCCAAAAAAAGAAAAACGAACUAAACAAUACGCAUUUCCCACGGCUUGUUCUCGCAUAGGCGGCUGCCCCUCCAGAAGUUUCCAUUCGGACCUCCUUGGUGGGUGCCUCGACCCUGCCGAAAAAACAGCGCCGCGCGCGCACCGCGUGCGCCAGGAACCAGAGUCACGCGGCCUUCUAGCGCAGAAAUGUCUUCUCACGCCGUGAUGGCGCAGGACAAAACUUCUAUCGGUGACGCGCUCGCACGCUACUGUGAGGUACUCGCGAUCCUUAUAAGCACGCCUUCCGCUUCGGCUCAAUUCCCGCCAUGGGGACGUUAAAAGGAACGUCAAAGAAAAGCAGUAUAGGUCAAGUUAGACUGGUAUGUGGGCUUCGCCUUCAAGAGUAGCAAAUAAUACCUUUUUUACCAGGAGUAGAAGCUUACGGCACCAGAAGACGGCGCAAAAUACCACUGUCGGGUGGCAAUACCACUGUCGCAUUCCCAAGACAGCCCUUGCAACGUGACAGGAUGUCGCAUCCACUGUCUGAAUGAAGCCAGUUCAUCGUUCAUUAUCAAAGAAAGAGUCACGCCUGGUUCUCGACAAUGAAACUUCAACCAGUCAACUUUAAAAAUCACGUGCGAAAAUACAUUAGUUAAUCAGAAAAAUAAAUACAGACAAUAAAGACCGUAAGAUAUGUGACCCCACGCAGUGGCGUCAUUAUUCCCGCGCUGUGGGCAAGUGCGGCCUUAAAUUGGUAUUUUGGCCUGGAUGUUUCUGCUCCCUAAAGAUUACUGGCGCAGCAAGGCACGGUGAUUUAUUCUUUUUACUAGGACAUCCAUUGCUGUCCAGAAAGAAAGAAAAACGUUAACAGGGUUAUGUAUACUAAUGUACACGCUUGGCCUAACUCGUGGGGUCUGCCUAUUCAUCAUGCCCCAUUCAAUACGAGAGUCGCGGAAAGGGCCGUUCGCGUGCUGAGUACAACCGACAUGAUGUCCACGUUGUUUGCCCCCAGUGGCCGCGUGCGCUUUUCCUUGCUCAAGUCCGCGUAAGCGCUUCUGCAUGUUUGUCGCGUGUGCGUUGGAACUUAAGAAAGUUGCGCCCUGGCACCCGGCGCUUUCGUCGUUGAACACGAACGGACUUUCGUAUAUCCAACGGUUGGUUCCUUCGGACGCGGCGCAUUUGAGUGAGCACGAUGUGUUCGACGUACUUUGGCACCACUUACGCCGUUCGGGAUCCGGUGACUCCGCAGUCUGUCCUCGUGCUGUUGGGUCUCCCAUCCAAUCCCACCUUUACUAGAGUCCACUAAGUGUGUUCGUGUAAACUCAGGAGGCAAAGUUGGAAGCUAAGUUAUUGUUUGACGUCGCAUUCGUAUUCAUAGUGUGAAAUAAAAUACUUUUUACUCUU